AUGGCGUGGACCCUGUACUUCCUUAUAGUUGUACUGCUACUGUUGCUUGUCAGGAAGGUGUUUGGUAGACGAGGGAAUCUCCCUCCAGGCCCCACACCUCUACCUGUCCUGGGAAACCUUCUACAUCUGAAGAGCCGAGAGACACACAAGCCUAUACUAGAGCUCAGUAAGAAGUAUGGACCUGUCUACACGUUGUACAUCGGGCCACAGCCUGCAGUGGUGUUGGUUGGAUACAAAGCCGUGAAGGAAGCUCUAGUUGACCAUGCAGAGAAUUUCAGUGGCAGAGCAGAGGUCCCAAUUGUGGAUAUUACCAGCAAAGGAUAUGGAAUUGCUUUUAGCAAUGGUGAACGCUGGAAGGAACUCAGGCGGUUCACUUUGAUUACCUUGCGCAACUUUGGAAUGGGUAAAAGAAGCAUUGAGGAACGUAUACAAGAAGAAGUCCAGCAUCUUUUGGAUUUUUUUCAGGAAAUCAAAGGUUCUGUUUUUAAUCCAGCAUUCUUUAUCCGUCGGUCAGUCUCUAAUGUAAUCUGUUCUGUCCUCUUUGGGAGACGGUUUGAGUAUACAGAUCCAAAGCUGCAGACACUGCUGGACCUGAUGACCGAGAAUCUCCGAAGGGUGGACAAUAUCUGGGUUCAGGUGUACAAUUUCAUACCGUCCAUCCUGAAAUAUAUUCCGGGGCCUCACUAUAAACUUGCCGAGAAUUACCAAGCACAGCUGGACUAUGUUGAGGAGAUAGUAAGAGAACAUGAAAAGACUCUGGACCCUACCUCACCACGAGACUAUGUUGAUGUGUUCCUACUGAAAAUGCAACAGGAAAGCAACAAUCCACACACAGAAUACAGUCUACCAAACCUUCUCUCCUGUGCACUGGACAUAUUUUUUGCAGGACAGGAGUCCACCACCAGCACGUUGUCUUGCACAUUGCUCUUUCUUAUGAAGUAUCCUCAUAUUAAGGAAAAGGUCCAGGCAGAGAUAGAGAAUGUCAUAGGUCGAACCCGUAGGCCAUGUAUGGAGGAUCGAACCAAGAUGCCAUAUACUGAUGCUGUAAUGCAUGAGGUUAUGAGAUUUUUUGACUUAUCACCACUUGGAAGCCCUCAUUCGGUGACGAAGGAUACUGUCUUCAGAGGAUAUAAUCUUCCCAAGGGUACCAUCAUCUUCCCUAUCCUGCACUCUGUGCUGCAUGAUGCCUCACUCUUUGAAAAGCCCCAGGAGUUUUAUCCAGGACAUUUUCUAGACCAGCAAGGAUUGUUCAAGAAAAAUGAAGCCUUCAUGGCAUUCUCUGCAGGUAAGAUAUUGUAUAGAAUCCUAUGA